ACACUGAGGUGUAGCAGUGUCCUCCUCACACUACACACACACACUGGCUGCUGCUGGGUGAGUGGAUGCAGGGCGGGUGAUCCGGCUCCUCCCAGCUGGAUGUCUCGGGCUGUGUGAGGAGGAAGCAGGAAGAGAUCUCGCUGUGCAGUGUAUGUCACCUAAUCUACACAGAUGGAGUUUAAUGUGGAGCUGGUGAGACAGAGGCUGGGAAAGUAUAAAUUCCGAGACCUGACCACCGAGGAGUUAAAGGAUGUUCACAGAAUGUAUCCAAACUUCACUUACUCCAUGGACACCUACACUUUUAAGGACGGUUCUCAGAAGGAUCUGCUGAACCUCGCAGGGACCGUCCCAACCAAGUUCCAAGGUAACUCGUACAAUAUCCCCAUCUGCCUGUGGCUGUUGGACUCCCACCCCUUUGCUCCCCCACUAUGUUUUCUGAAGCCGACAGAGAGCAUGGGAAUCCGGUUUGGGAAACACAUAGACGCGCAGGGAAGGAUAUAUUUGCCAUAUCUCCAUGAUUGGAGUCAUCCCAAGUCUACAAUCAUUGGGCUGAUUAAAGAAAUGGGGGUGAAGUUUGAGGAGGAGCUCCCCCUGUAUUCCAUCUCAGCUGCGGACGCCGCCAGACAGAAGGAGCUGCUCUCGUUCAUCUCUCGGGUCACGGACGGUGUGUCCAGCAUAGAUGUGAGCUCUCCGAGCAAGGGUAAAGUGACGGUGGUGGGAGCCGGAGACCUGGCUAUGGCUUGUCUACUGGCCAUAUCCGCUAAGAGAGCUGCCGACAAACUGGUUCUUCUUGAUGUCAGUGACGGAGGAUCCAAAGGCGGAGGCGCAACGGACUUGGAGAUUUUCGGCAUUCCGAACGUGGAAGUUAGUAAAGACGUGUCUUCUACCAGUGGCUCAAAAGUCAUAGUCCUUACAGUGAAUGCCUGGAGUAACGCUCAGUCUUACGUGGAGGUCCUGCAGAGCAACGUGGAACUGUUACGUGGCAUUGUCCCGGCCGUGGCCUAUCACUGUCCAGAGAGUGUCCUCCUUGUGGCCUCUCAGCCUGUGGAGAUAAUGAGCUAUGUGGCAUGGAAGUUGAGCGGCUUUCCUCACAGACAGGUUGUGGGGAUUGGAUGUAACUUGUGUUCUGUGCGGUUCCAGCACAUCAUUCACACCGCAACCAAUUCUCAGGAGGAGGCUCAGUCCGCGUGGAUCAUUGGGGAGCAAGGUGAAAAUAAAGUGGCUGCCUGGAGUGAUCCCAAUUCCGCAAAUAACCACAAAUCGCCGGCAAAGCUUUACCCCAAGCUCUUCCAGGAACAGCUCUCAGGCAGAGCCAUGGAGGUGUUGAAAGGUAAAGGUCAGAGGUCAUGGUCGAUUGGUCUCUCUGUUGCUGACCUCACAGAGACCAUUGUGCAGAACAAGAAAAAGAUUCACUCUGUCUCUUCCUUUGCUAAGGGUUUCUUCAACAUACAGGAAGAAGUCUUUUUAAGCAUGCCCUGUGUACUAGGAAGCAGUGGGGUGUUUGGGAACCCCGAAAUCCUACAACAGGACGAUUGUGUAUCCGACGCUCUACAGAAAAGUGCAUCCUCUAUACACAGUCAGCAGCAGCUGCUGAAACUGUAAAAUAACCAGAGCGGGACUCUGUCACUGUGCAAUCGCCAUGUAGGUGGAUGAUCUCUGCCAGCCAGGGGGUCACUCAGAUGCUCCUUCACCCUGUGCACAAGACGGAGUCGGCCAUUUUGUGUGGCUUAAGUUAUGUUCAUGAGAAUGCAGUUUGUGGCGUAAAUGAAUUAAAGGUCAAUUUUAGUCGAUAAUAAAUCGAUCUAAAUCGAUGUUGUGUUUCAGGGGCAAAAACUCACCUUUUUUUUUUUUUUAUAUUGAUUUUGAAAUGUUUUUAAAUGUGCAAGUUAGCCCCUGAAACACAACAUUGUUUUAGAUCGAUUUAGAUAUUUAAUACAGAUUAAAAUUGACCUUUUAGUAAAUUUACCAAUAUCCGUUCAUUAGAAACCAGUGACAUCGCGGAGGCACUGGUUCCCACCGACGUAAUAAGGCUGCAUUUUGAUAAACCGUUGCUUCUGCCACCAAAAUGGCCGCCUCCACGGUGUGCUGGACACAGCUACUCUGCGAUGUCUUUUCUACAAAUGCACUAAGAUCAUUUAUUUUCUUACUAAAUACUUGUGAUUUCAUCAGGAACGAAAAUAACACUCAUGUUUGUAGACCGUUGUACAUUUAUAGUUUUUCCAUAAAAGGGAGGUAUACUCUAUAUUCUCAAAGAAUGAGAUACAAAAUGAAAAUGCAAUUGUAUUUUAUUUGGAGUUCUAGUAGAACGUUGCCCGUAGAAAUAUUAUUCCUAAACCCAAAAGUGCCCAAAAGACUCAAAACCCAUCCAGCUCCCUUUGUCUCACUCAUCAGGUAUCAGUACACAGCUCUGUUUAAAUAUAAAUUCAGUGACUGAAGGGCCAAUUCACUAAGGAUCACUGCUACUGAGGCACAAAUAGCGAUCAUCUCAAAACUGCUACUGUUAUAAAUCGCAUGUGGAGAGCCGCCAAGAAAAAAAAGAUGCCUGCCGCUGCAUUUGCAAAUUCAAACACCAUGUUGCCUCCCACAAACGGUCACUUCCUGUCAAUCGAUUCGCAGUCACAUUUCACUGGGCCUGCGAUUGCAGAGCGUUCGCACUUUGGUCUUCCCAGUCUGCCGAUAAUUGCUCAGUGCGUGCGUUCUCACGUUUGCAAAUGAUAGUGAAUUAGGCCCCAAGUCCCCUUAAUUCUGCCAGAUGGGGCAGACGAAAGGUUUACUGAGGAAACUACAAUUACAUAAGCAGUGAGACACAAGGCAGUAACUUCCGCUGUAUUUAUUCUAGAACUGACCGAUUUUACCUCAGAAACCAUGUAAGGUCUUCUCUCAAUAUGCAGAAUCACGGCUGAGAUUUUGGUAUUUAAAAUUGUUCCAGUUUAUUUAUUAAGAAUAGGGACAUAUGAACGGAUAACCACACAGGAGGUGGAAAGGGAUUUAAUUCAGUGAUUAAAUAAUUUGUGUUAAAUGCAACAUUGAAAAAAAUAUUUACAAAAUGUUAUGUUAUUUUAUAUGAGUAAAUGUAGUGGGCAAUACUGAACCUAUAGUACUAAUAUCAGAAUUUAUAUACUGUAAUUCUAGUAUUAGACACAUAGAAACAUGACAUUUACCAACAUGCCCAAUAAUGGUGGUCAUUCCAAGUUGAUCACUAGCUGCAUUCGUUCGCUGUGCAGCGAUGAGGCAAAAAACGGCACUUCUGCACAUGCGUAUGCGGCGCAAUGCGCACGCGUGAUGUACUAUUACAACGAACAAUGUAGUUUCACACAGGGUCUAGCGAAGCUUUUCAGUUGCACUGCUGGCCGCAGAGUGAUUGACAGGAAGGGGGCGUUUCUGGGUGUCAACUGACCGUUUUCAGGGAUUGUUCGAAAAAAUGCAGGCGUGGCAGAAAAAACGCAGGAGUGGCUGGGCGAACGCAGGGCGUGUUUGUGACGUCAAAACAGGAACUGAACAGUCUAAAGUCAUCGCAAGCGCUGAGUAGGUAUUGAGCUACUAUAAUACUGCACAAAAAAACGUUGCCGCCGCUCUGCGAUCCUUUCGUUCGCACUUCUGCUAAGCUAACAUACACUCCCAGUGGGAGGCGGCAUAGCGUUUGCACGGCUGCUAAAAACAGCUAGCGAGCGAUCAACUCGGAAUGACCACCAAUGUUGUUAUCAAUUUUGAUCGUCUUGCUGCCGGGCUUUACUAUCGUUUUUGGGCCACGUUCUGUAAUACUGAGCAAAGUGACCAAUGUUGCCUAAAAUAUUGUACAGUACAGGGCCAGCGGUAAAGUAGCCGACACCUAACAGUAGCCAGUCAUAGGGACGUAUAAUGGGGAACCAUGGGCAGCUUGAUCCUGAGAUUUCUUGAGCCCAGUCACCUUAAGAUGCCCCUGAAAACCUGCAGACUCCGCACCCUGACAGGUAGAGGAUCAUUAACUGCUGCAAUUUGUCGUAUUGAUCAUCCCCUUGUACAGCGCAGCAGAACCCUUGUGGCGCCUUACAAAGUAAUAAUAAAUUGAUUGCCUGGAGUAUGUUUUAAAGAGAGGCAUAUCAAUUUGUAUUGUGCCUUAUUGUAUGCGGAAGGAGCAGCGUAAUGUAGAAGUAUGAUAGAACAUUGUUACUGCACUGUUUCAGAAUCACUACAAAUAUGGAGUUUCUAUAUUGUCGAUCAUUUUUUACUCAACUUUUCUACUAUUUAAAAGCCGUAAGACUCCAAUAUUCUGCAUUACUGUAUUUUAUAAUAUUUUUGUUUUCUGACGUUAUACAUAAUCUCUGGUAGCUCUGAAUAAAAUGGUUUGGAGUCUG